GCAAACAGGUAGUGAUCUCGCAAACGAACCCCGAGUCGCCACAAUGGUCGUCACCUCCCGUAUGCUCGCCGCCCACACCAGUGGUUACCCCGUGGACGUCAGAGCUCGCUUCUGGUCCAACUACUACAGAUCACUCAAAGGGCUGCCGCCCGUGGAAUCCUACUGGGACUUCAGAUAUCACCAACGAAGAGAGUCGCCCCCGCGUUUCAGAGUCGUAUCAUCCCCGUGGUGGCAUCACGUCCCAGAGCUCCGGCCCGCUGACGCUCCCCAAGAGUACCUACCCAUUGGUGCUCAACACGAUCUCGCCGUCCGUCCGUCCUUCCUGUCACCUGUGAGGCGGAAAUACGUCUGGACGACGCAUCCGCAGCGACAGGCCUAUUCGCUGAAGAAAUAGCUAAGGUCUCUUGCUGCAAAUGGUGAAAAUAAAUUAUAUAUUAUAACUCAACAUAUUUUUUCAUCCAGAUUGUACUUCAACAUUUCUUCUCAUUACAACUUGUCAUCAUAUGUAAUAUAUGCUGUCUUAAGAAUCUCCUUUCAUGAACCAUUAGAUUUAUGAAAUACAAAUUGCGAAUACGUUUUAUCUGUGUGGUGGACUUACUAUAGAGCACUAGAGUAGUUCUGCGAGUAAUCUUCCCUUCUUUGAUGUAAAGCAACAUGAUUUUGUCAGUCAUGAGGUAUGUGGCAGGGGUAAGGUACGUGAAUCAGGCAUGUAAAAUUUUCUUCGCCUAAUUUUCGGAACAAUGGGUUAGUUAAAACAUCUAGAUAUUCGAUCGAACCAAGAAUAUCAUCCCAUCAAUCUUGUUAGUCAUUGUUUGAAUUUGCCUCACAUAAUGUUAUGUAGACCAUCGGGUCAAAGUCAUGUUGCAGUCGUGUAAUAACGACUGAAAAUUAUACAUGAAUAAAUCUUAGAUAGCCAUAAA